CAAACCUGUUUGGUUUGCUGCAGAGUGUGCAAGAGUCGACAAGGAAGAAGGAAAGAGAUAACUUAGCUGAGGCAAGUUCUUCGAUGGCUAAAAUGGCAACAUAUCCUCCUUUAACUCCGCCGUGCGAUUUACCGGUCUGGCUUCUUCCAAAUAACAUCUUUCCCGAUGAAAUGGAAACAACAAAUUUAUUAGAGCAAUACUUUUUCUAUGACGAUACUAUGCCCGAUUUCUCGGCUAUAGCUGACAUUCCGAUGACAAAUGAUGUUGAACGAUUCAACGAGCUCACAGAUCUUAACGCAAUAGAACCCAGUCCCUUACAGACGCCGCCGACCCCAGAGCCUGAGCCGAGUCCGACACCAAAACCAGAAGUGAUCGAAACCAGGAUCAAACAAGAAAUUAGCAACGAUGUUGUUGAAUUUGGCAUUGAAGAAGAUGAGAAGCUGACAUACGAAGGGAACGAAUUGGCAAGGCCUGAAGAAAUGCCACAACAACAACAGCAACAACAACAACAGCAGCAGCAGCAACAAUUCCAAGAAAACGAGACGAAGAUGGAAAACGACAAAAAUAACCAAUUAGAAUCUCAUGCGAAAGAAGAUGAAGCAUUGAAACAGGCUGAGGAACGCCGCACUCGUCGCUGCCAUUCUCGCUAUGCAUUCCGCCCUACCUUGGGAUCAUCAGCAAAGCCGUGCAGGCCAACAGUGAGGAAACAAGUUGUGCUUUGGAAAUUCCUCGAGGAGCUUCUCGAUACAAACGAAAACAACUGUGUUAGCUGGGUUUCAAGAGAGGAAGGGACUUUUAGAUUCGUCGACUCCAAGCUUGCAGCCAAACUGUGGGGACAGCGGAAAAACAAACGAAACAUGACUUACGAGAAGUUGAGUCGGGCGCUGCGUUAUUACUACGACCGUCAAAUUAUGUUCCACGAGGAAGGACAGAAGCUUAUCUACAGGUUUGGAGACAUUGUGAUGAAGAAUAGAAAACCAAGCGCUGUUGAAGCUUCUUAGGGAGAUAUGAACAUGAAAAUGCUAGGCUAUCGACAACGAGGAACUUUAAUAUCGGCUUUGCGAGCUGUUUCUUGAUCAGACGUGAAACUGAAUCAGUGAUUUACCGUUGAUUUGUUUGGCAUAUAAUUAGCUGAUUGAAAGGAGUAUGGAAGCUACUGUUCUCAGUAUGUUAUGUUCACAUUCAGAUUCUUUACAUUGCUGGGGAUCAAACGUGAAAGUAUCGAAUUUAAUGAAAACGAAUGAAUAUAUACUUACAAACUUACAAUUUCUGUGAAAACCACUUUUUUAUUUCCUAUUUUGAUUGAAUGAAAUUGAAUCAAUCUCUCAAUUAAUAAAAUACGAUUUUAAAAUUUCUACAUACAUGAAACCGUGACUUAAUUUGUAAAAAUAAAUAUGUUAGUCCGUCAACUUUGAACUGUCUCGAUCUGUAAAAAAAAAAAAGAAGAAAGUUUUUAAUAUCAUUUUAAAGCUUAGAUGUUAGAAUGUUCCUGGCGACGAAACUUAAUUAAUUAGAGAAAAAAAAUAUAAAGUACUUUAAUGUAAAUUGUUUUUAAUUAAUUUUAUACUGAAUAAAUGAAUCCAGACCUUCAAAAUUGUUCAUGAUCUGUAAGAAUUUUUUUAAGAAAAUAUAAAUAACAGUGUAUCGUUUUAGUCCCCUUAUUUUAAUCUGGAUUUUAAGGUAUAUAAGGCAUUUUAUUUCCCAGAGAGCGGUUUUCAUUUGAGUGUCAGAAAGAAAUUGGUUUCGCAUCAACUGCGCUUUCCGACUGACUUAAAAAAUUGGCGCCAGUUUUUCAUCCAAUCAGAAGUAAAACCAAAACCAAUGGUAACUUACGCGCGCACGUUUUCCCGCGCUUUCCGUCAGCUGCACGUAGUUACUCAGUCGAGUUUUGAUUGGUUUACCGUAUUGUCGGUGUCUUUUGUGAUUGGGUAGAGUGAUUACUUUGGUUUUAGUUUCAAGACACUCAUUUGAAAACCGCUCAAACAGAUACUAUUCUGUGCAGAUUUGACUGCAGUGCAGUUGUAUCGUUAAUCGUUGUCCUGUAUCAACUUGGCACGCAGGACGUGUUUGAAUGGUUGGUUCAUUGAUUGACUGUUUGAAUGACUGACUGGUUAAUUGAUUGAUUAAAUGAUUGACUCACAGACUGAUUGACUGGCUUUUAAUUUCUUUUAACUUUCUGUAGUUUUAAUAGCAAUUGUAUUAAGUCAGUUCAGCAAUGAAUGUUCUAACAAAUCAA